AUGGUAAAAUCUCAGGUUGUGAAGAAGGCACAGCAAGCCAGCUUCAUGGGUCUCUUGAUCGAUGAUGUAAUGGAUUUUGCCCAGAGAGAGCAGCUUGUGUCAUUCAUCAGAUAUGUUGACCAAGAUACCUAUGAAGUGAAAACAGAUUUCCUUGCUGUGAAUGACAUUUUAGAGAGCUCAACUUCUGCCAAUGCUGAAACCAUCAAGUCAGUUGUUGUGAAACAGCUGUCACAUUGCGACCUAGAUAUCAAUAAAUUAUCAGGUUUGUCAACUGAUGGCGCAUCUGUAAUGGUGGGCAAGGAAAAUGGUGUUGCUGCUAAGCUUAAGAGAGAAGCUAAGAUGUUAUUGAAUGUUCAUUGCAUCUGCCAUAGAUUGGCCCUUGCAUGUGGAGAUGCAAAUGACCACAUUUCAUAUAUCAAGACUGUUGAAAAGGUUUUGAUUCGACUAUGGUCUUUCUUCCACAACUCGGGAAAGCGCACAGCAGCAUACACCAAAGCAGUUAUUGCUUCAACAGAGUUACAGAUUUCACAUCAUGCAAAGAAAAGGGUUGUAAAGCGCGUUAACAAGGCUACCCGAACAAGAUGGCUGUCUACAGAAAGCACUGUUGAUGGUAUUUUUCUUAACUUUGUGCCUUUGAUCCAAACUUUGCAAAUCUACAGCAAUGAUAGUGAUCCUGUUGCAAUAAACUUGAUCACUGACAUCAAGUCGAAGAAAUUCGUUGGAGCGGUGUAUUUACUUCAUGAAGUCCUGCCAAUUCUGAGCCAUCUCAGCCGAGCCUUUCAGAAAGGAAACAUAUCCUUUGCUGUCAUAGCACCUGCUGUAGAAUUUAUUUUAGAGGAAGUGAAAAGCGUGGCCGAAAAACAAUCACCCCUGGAAUGUUUAAGAAGAGAUCUUGCUGAAGACGGCAGACUGCACUACAGUGGAUUGACUCCUCUAACAGCACAUGAUGAGACGUCUCUCAGAAACCUGACUUCAAAGUAUGUCCAUGCUCUGCAAGACAAUAUUGCUUCCCGUUUCAAGGAUAGCCUUCCCAUCCUGAGUGCUUUCAAAAUCUUUGAUCCAGUUGCAGUGCCACCCAAGUCUGAUCAGAGCUUUAGUGAGUAUGGAGACAAAGAGAUCAAGAUCCUUGCAGAAUAUCUGUAUCAGCUGGAGACUGGAGAAUCAAAGGUCCAGAAGACAGAGGAAUUGAUUUGUGAGUGGCGGAAGUUCAAGUACAGCAUCUUAAAACUCAAGAGUGAAAUGCCAGCAGAUGUCGUUAAGCCACCAAAGAACAAGGAACUGACAUCCCAAACACCUACAGAUUGGGUUUUACAUCACAUGCUUUCCAAUCAAUCGACUUACAGUCAUUUUGUGCCAGAGCUCCUUUGUCUUGCUGAAGUGUGCAUGUCUCUGCCCGUAAGCAACGCCUGGCCGGAGCGUGAGGCAUCAGCAGUCAAACGACUGAAAACAAGACUGAGAAGCUCUCUGAAAGGUGAUAUGUUGGAAUCACUAAUGCACAUUACAAUCAAUGGGCCAGAAGUACAGGAGUGUGAAAGCCUGGUCAAGAACGCAGUGAAAAAGUGGCAUGAAGUGAAAGUUCGUAGAAAAAUUGCUAAAUCAAUCCCUGCAAGUGCCACUUCCAGUAACUGCCCAACAGUUUCUAAUGCUGCUGUCCAAGUUGAUAUGCUGCCACCACUGGCACUAGAUGUUCCAGAACAAGUGAAUGCCAUGGGAGAUGGGAUUGGAGUUGAAGAUUUGGAGAAAGAAGUUAAUUCAGUAAUCAGCGCUCUUAAACUUCCCGAUAUCUCGGAUAUGGAUGACUGUCACUCUGACUAUGACUCAGACUUUGAGUCAGAUUCAGACUGA